AUAGGGAUCAGCAAAGCAGUAUAACAACAUCUCCAAUUUUUUCGGUUGCUUGUGUAAUGCUAAUGUCUGUACUAUUUGUAUUCUGCAGGAAAGCGAAUAGCAGACUAGAUACACUACACAAAUGUAGACAUAAGAAACUUGAACUCAAACGUUUUUGAAAAUGGAAGAAAAAACAUGCAACUGCAUACUGUACAUAAUAGUUGUUGUAAGCUUUCUUGCCUUCGCCAAAGCAGUGUCAGACGAAAGCGAAGGUGUGGGGAUUACGGAAGACAUUUUUUACAUCCCGAUAAAUACGUCGGACCCUAAUGUCAUUGCGGGAACCGGUCCCAGACUUUGGCCAAACCGUACCGCUAUUCCGUUCUAUUUAAGCUCCGAAUUUGAUCAAUCAGAGAGGAAAAAAGUUCUGAAAGCUCUUGCUCUAAUGGAGAGACAGACAGAAGAGUGCAUCAUUUUUCGGACAUGGUCAGGGGAAACAGAUUAUCUCUACUUCCGCCCAAGAAAUGAUGGACUGUGUGGAGCAUUUACUGGGCAACGGGGCGGACCGCAAGCAAUCGACUUAGGGCGGUUCAACGAGUCGGCCAAAUACUCCUGUUUCACUAUAACGGACAUUCAACGUUACACUAUGCGCUCAAUUGGCUUUGAGCAUGAGUACAGGCGCCCCGACCGCGACGAACACAUCGACAUGCGCAAAGGAAACUUGAUGAACAAUGAAGAUUACCCCACUCUAUUUUCAAUCGAUGCAACGAUGUACACCUUUGGACUCAAAUAUGACUACCACUCCAUUCUGCAUUUAGGAGCAUUGGCGGGCAGCAAAACAAACGAGCAUCCGACAAUGGUACCGAAAAAGGGGCUCAUUGUUCGUAUGGGACAGAACGUACCUCUAAGUCCGUCAGAUGUUGCAAGAAUCAUGAUAGGGUAUAAAUGUCCACUAAACAUUCGCCCCGGCAAAAAAGAGGCCAACGUCGAGGAGAAUUUUAUAAAUUUCUCGAUGGAACGAAUGACUGAUGAUGAAUGUGCCGCGCAGUUUAACCGUUACUGCCAACCAGACGUGACCACCAUCGAUAACUGUAACGAACGGAACGAUUACCGUAUUGGGUGUCGAUCGACCGCAUCGGUUGCAGUACUGGAACGGAUGGCGUUGGAUAUGGCAGGCCCCCCACUUAGACCAGUAUCCAUCCAUGUUGAAGAGCAGCUCCUUUCCACAUAUUCAUUUACGCCAGUGCAGGGUCAAGUCGUGAAACUCCAGCUGAGUAACUGUACCACAGACCGCGUAACGUCCAGAUUAAUCAAACUGAACUACACCAAUCUGUUGCACUUUGAGCUGUAUCACUGCUUUAAUUUGACUAUCGAGAAGGCAGACUUCAAAACAUCCCAGCAACUGGGAAUGAUACUCUUCUACAACACUACCAUUGUUGAUAUGCAGCCAGGCACGUUCUCUGACCUGCCAAAUCUCCAGAUCCUGUCUUUGGAGGCUUUGUUGGAAAGUCAGAAAAACUACAAUUUUGAUCCGAAUUUCCGAAACUCCUUACAUGAUCUCCAUUGCGGCUGCAAGUUUGCUUGGUUUCGCUCGUGGUGGCGCGGCAGUCAUAACCUGCGACUUAGAGCGGAAGUCGGCCAAGUAUAUUCAUUUGAAGCUCCCUACUCGGACAGAAGGCUGGAAAAUAGCGAGGUCGCUAAAGAAGAUCUAUAUCAUCCUGUGAACUGCCGUGCCGAUCCAUUUCCUCUCGGACCCGAAUGGAUCAACUAUUACGCGCAGAUUGAAUACUCUGUUAAUGAGCCAAACUGUAUCAAUGCAGUCGCCAAUGCAACUGCGAAUGGGCUAAUAUCUAAACCAACGCUACAACCAAACAUCCUCGGCCGGCGCUGAAUAUCACAGGUGUUGUUAAAAUAUCUUCAUUGCACACCAGAGCUUCUCCUUGGAAAGGUGAUGACCGUGAUGUUAUCAACCAAUCUUCAAUCACGACUUGCACAAUAAAGCAAUUUGUUCCAUAAGCAAGAAAAGCAGCCGCCCUUUUUAAGGGCAUCAUGGCUAAAGGAAAGGAUUUUGCUUGAAAAAGUGAAGAUUUAUUAUUAAAAACGUACGAGUUAUGAAUGAAGAAGUCGAGUUCUAAAUAACGACAAAAUUGUA